GUUUAGCCGAUUUGCACUUCCGCGUUGUUAGAAAUCAAGACGAACAGGCGAGUUUCGACACUUAAAAUACUCUAAGCAGCAUCCCAGCAUCCAGGCUGGAAAACAAAGCAAGACGAAGGUGUAAUGUCAGCUGAACUCCCCUCCCUGAGCUGCUGAUCAUCUGUUCAUCCAUCAUGUCUCUGGGAGACAACCCUCAUCUCCUCCUGGGCAGGAUCCGCUUCUUGAACAAGUGCAUAGAGAGUUUUAGGAAGAGUGAACCAGUCCCAGAGAGUCUGUGUUAUGUUCCCAAAGAGGUCUGCUACAAAAUAUGCAAGGAUUCAUCAUCCAGCUCCUCUGCCUCUGUUGGAGCCUCUCCAGGAGGAUCAACUGUGGGUAAAACCCUCCUGUCUAUAUUUGAAAGUCCUCAUCAGGUCCCUCACUGUAAGAAGUCAUGCAAGUACAGCAUUGAGCCGAAGAAAGGGACCUGCAUCAGGACCACAGGGGAGGAGUACUGCAACAGCCAGGGUCUCUGGGUCAAAAUGAACAAGGAGCAGCUGGAGGAGCUCCGACCGGGACAGGAGCUGGAGGAAGGCUGGAUCCUGGUGUGUAAGCACACCGAGGGAGGAGACAGGUUGGUUCCCGUGGAGUCACCGGAGACCAUCAGCAGGCAGCAGCAGCUCUUUGGCUACGACCACAAACCCUGCCACAGGUGGGAGCAGGUGGUGGACGUGGAGAACGCGCUUUACAUCGGCUCUAAACCCAAAAUCGCAGAAUGUGACUCCGUGGCCGUGCAGAAGCUGAGGCACGUUCCUCCAACCUGGACGUAUGAGUGUGACGAAGACCUGGUGCACUACUUCUACGAUCACAUAGGAAAAGAAGACGAGAACCUGGGGAGCGUGAAGCAGUGCGUCACCAGCAUCGACGUCUCUUCAAGUUCGGAGGAUCCCAGCGGUGGGGUGAACUGUCUAACCGAUGGCGACACGGAAACCUACUGGGAGAGCGACGGCAUGCAGGGGCAGCACUGGAUCCGCCUGCACAUGAAGAGAGGCACUGUGGUGAAUAAGCUGAUAUUGACAGUGGACUCAACAGAUGACAACUACAUGCCAAAGAGAGUGACAGUCUAUGGAGGAGAAGGAGACAACCUGAAGAAGCUGAGUGAUGUCACCAUAGACGACAAUCUGAUUGGAGAGGUGUGUGUUCUGGAGGAUAUGACUUCUCAUCUUCCUGUUAUAGAAGUACGAAUCGAGGAAUGUAGAGAUGAGGGGAUAGAUGUCCGAAUACGAGGUUUAAAGAUCAAGUCGUCGUGUGAAAGGGAUCUGGGUCUGAACGCAGAUGUUUUUCAUUCCUCCAAUCUGGUGCGUUAUCCCCGAUUGCAGGGCACGCCGCCCGAUAACCUGUACCGCAGGGCGUUGGUGAUCCAGAGGUUCAUCACUCUCCUGGACAGUGUGCUGCCACACCUGGUGCCAGCGUGGGACUACAGUCUGGGAACCUUUAACCAGAUCAAAAGCAUAAAGCAGUUCUUGCUGCUGUCCAAACGGCGCUCUGCUCUCAUCAUUCAGUGCCUGAGGGACUCAGAGACCAGCAAGCCGAACUUCAUGCCUCGCCUCUACAUCAACAGACGUCUGGCUAUGGAGCACAGAGACAACCCGUCUUUGGACCCCAGCUGCAAGAACGCUGUGUUCAGUCAGGUGUAUGAAGGUCUCAAGCCAUCUGACAAACAUGAAAAGACUUUAGAUUAUAGAUGGCCGGCUCGCUAUGACCAGUGGUGGGAAUGCAAGUUCAUCGCAGAGGGAAUCAUUGACCAAGGAGGAGGAUUUCGGGACAGCCUGGCAGACAUGUCGGAGGAGCUCUGCCCCAGCUCGGCUGAGUGUCCCAUGCCUUUGCCGUUCUUCACCCGGACCCCCAAUCAGGGAGACUUUGAGGCCAGAGAUUACUAUGUCCCGAAUCCGUCCUGUAAGGACUUCCAUAAAUACGAGUGGAUCGGCCAGCUGAUGGGAGCUGCUCUCAGAGGAAAAGACUUCUUGGUGUUGGCUCUGCCAGGCCUGGUCUGGAAGCAGCUAACAGGGGAGGCAGUGAGCUGGAGCAAAGACUUCCCAGCAGUGGACUCAGUGCUGGUAAACCUGCUAGAAGCCAUGGAGAACAUGGACAAGGAGACGUUCGAGUUCAGGUUUGGGGAAGAGCUGUUCUACACAACCCCGCUGACAGACGGUCAGAUGAUGGACCUCAUCCCAGGUGGCAGCAAUGUGCCAGUUCGGUAUGAGGACCGGAAAGAGUUCAUCCGACUGGUGCAGAAAGCUCGGCUGGAAGAGAGCAAACAGCAGAUCACAGCCAUGCAGACAGGGCUGCUGAAGGUGGUUCCCCAGGCCGUACUGGACCUCCUUACAUGGCAGGAGGUGGAAAAGAAAGUGUGUGGAGACCCAGAGAUCACUCUGGAGGCUCUGAAACGACUUACACGUUAUGAAGACUUGGAGCAAAGUGAUGUCAGAGUGCAGUACUUAUGGGAGGCUCUGUCAAACUUCACCAAUGAGGAUCGCAGCAGGUUUCUGAGGUUUGUGACGGGUAGAAGUCGGCUCCCUGCACCGAUUUAUGUCUUCCCUGACAAACAAGUGUCAGACACAGCGGACUCGCUUCCACAGUCGUCCACGUGUUCCAGCACUCUGUAUCUACCCAACUAUCCAAGUGCCAAGGUGUGUGAAGAAAAGCUGCGCUAUGCUGCGUACAACUGUGUGGCCAUCGACACCGACAUGAGCCCCUGGGAAGAGUGACCUUUGCUGCUGCACUGAUUGCUGCUUACUACAGUCCCUCCUUAACAAAACGUGUUCAUAUUCACACAUGUACAACUGCCAGUUAACAAUAGCUGUGUAUAAUAAAGAACCUGUAGGGACACAUGAAUUUAACUCAUUAAGAGUUCAUAUAGAAAUUAUCAUUUAAAUAAAUACAGUUCUUUGAC